AAGAUGGACACCGGGAGCGAGAUGGAGAGAAACCGCCCAAGCACAAGUCCUCUCUGCACCCUCAGCACAUCCCGCCGAAGAUCCCAGAAGGAGAGCGAGUGGACUUUGAUGACAUCCACAGGAAGCGGAUGGAGAAGGACCUGCUGGAGCUGCAGAUGCUGAUCGAGGUCCACUUCGUCCAGAGGAAGAGGGAGGAAGAGGAGCUGAUCGCCUUGAAAGAGAGAAUGGAGAGCCGCAGAGCUGCACGGGCAGAGCAACAGAGGUUUCGAGCGGAGAGAGAGAGAGUCAGGAAGACGAGGCUUGCGGAAGAGCGACAGAGGAAGGAGGACGAGGAGUCGAAAAGGUGGGCUGAAGACGACGCAAAGAAGAAGAAGGUCCUGUCUAACAUGGGAGCCCAAUUCAGAGGCUUUCUAGCUAAGGCGGAGCAGAAGAGACGAGGGAGAAGACAAACAGGGAGAGAGAUCAAGAGGAAGACUCUGGCGGAGAGACGCAAACCUCUGGCUAUCGAUGACCUGAGAGAGGACGGACUGAGAGAGCGGGCUGGAGAGAUGUGGGAGCGGAUCUACCAGCUCGAGUCGGAAAAGUUUGACCUCAUUGAGAAGAUAAAGAGACAAAAAUACGAGAUAGUCGUCCUUCUCGAUCGCAUCUCCCACGCUCAAAAAUUUAAGAAGGUGACGGGAGGCAAGGGCAAAGUGGGAGGGCGCUGGAAAUGAAGACGCGAUCAGAAACGAUAAAAAAAAUAAUAAUCAUAAUCUUAAUUUUCAUGUUGUGUGUGUUGAUGUCAUCUUUGGAAAUUCUGUCACCAAAACAAAUUGAAAAAGUAAUUGAAAAUAAAGCUCAUACCCGUAGCUGUUCAGUUACA